UGAAAGCCGGAGAUUUUUUUCUUUAUAGGAUAUUGAGGGAACGAUGACUUCAUCUAAUUGACGCAUCCCAAGAGAUGACUUGACAGCUAAGUCAAAAGAUGUUGCCUGAAAGUGAGGCAAACAUUGAAAACAUGACAGAAGGAGGAGAAAACCAGCCACCUGGAGAAAACAGAGUACAAGAUGAAGCCACCGAGUCGCGAGUGGUUCAAACCGAAGGACUCAAUGAGGGGACGGCGGAAACAACAAGCUUCUCAGGACUAUGUCAAGAUACGCUCGUGAGUCAGCGGCUAGCCGGUCAAGGGGAAGGCAGUGAUGCAGCGAGUACGCACACCGCGAGUACCUCGAUGUCCGGCAAUGAAUCAAACUCGAGCACAGCGAGUACGGUGACGGUUAUUCUACCUUGGGGCGUGCAAAAAGAAACAAUGAAGCCACAGCAGCCGGGGGACAUGGAUCUGAGGCCGGGUGAAUACGUGAUGCGAUCAUUGUUCGCGGAUUUCACGAAUCAGGCGGAAAAGAAGAUGGAAGCUGUCAUGACCGAAAACGAAAAAUCUUUGUCCAAAGUUUUGCAGAGGGGCGAGGACGCUCAGUUUGAUCAGCUCUUGUCGUCCUUUGGAUCGGUGGCCGAAUACUGUCUGCCAUCCAUUUUGCGUGCCCUUUUCAAUUGGUACGAAAGACAACUUGUGGACCAUGGAACGGAUCAAAAGAAGCUUGCUGCUGCCAAGGAAGAUCAAAAAGGAAAAAGUAUUAUGUAUACCAUUGUAUAUAGUACACAAGUAUCGGCCAGUGGUCAGGAAACGGUUGAGAAGACUGAAGCAGAAUUACUUCAGGAGAGGCGAGAUUUGGCUGUGGAAUUUAUAUUUUGCCUAAUGUUAAUAGAAAUCCUGAAACAGUUACCAUUCCAUCCCGGUCACGAAGAUUUAGUGUCUUACAUUGAAAAUAUUGCCUUCAAACACUUCAAAUAUAGAGAAGGAAUUCAAAACGAAUCAAAUGCAGUAAACAUUCACAUAAUUGCGGAUUUGUAUGCCGAAGUGAUUGGUGUAUUAGCGCAGUCUCGCUUCAUGUCGGUUCGAAAGCGUUUCAUGGUUGAAUUAAAAGAACUGAGAGCCAAAGAACCUGGACCACAUACGACUCAAAGCAUAAUUUCUUUACUCAUGGGAAUGAAAUUUUUCCGAGUGAAGAUGGUACCAAUAGAAGAAUUCGAGGCAUCCUUUCAGUUUAUGCAAGAGUGUGCCCAAUAUUUUUUAGAAGUAAAAGAUAAGGAUGUAAAGCACGCACUUGCCGGUUUAUUUGUGGAAAUUCUCGUUCCUGUUGCAGCUGCUGUGAAAAAUGAAGUGAACGUACCUUGUUUGAAGAAUUUCGUCGAGAUGUUGUAUUCUACGACAUUGGACAUGUGUACGAAAAACAAGCAUCGCCUUUCGCUUUUUCCCUUGGUCACUUGUCUCCUAUGCGUCAGCCAAAAGACGUUCUUUUUGCAAAAUUGGCACUACUUUUUAGCGAUGUGUCUUUCUCAUUUAAAAAAUCGCGACCCUAAAAUUUCUCGCGUCGCUCUAGAGGCUCUCUACCGUCUACUCUGGGUCUACAUGAUCCGCAUCAAGUGCGAGAGCAAUUCGGCGACGCAAAGCCGACUACAGAGCAUCGUCAACUCGUUGUUUCCCAAAGGCUCGAAGGCUGUGGUUCCGCGCGAUACACCGCUCAACAUCUUCGUAAAAAUCAUCCAAUUCAUCGCGCAGGAACGCUUGGAUUUCGCAAUGCGUGAAAUUGUUUUCGAUUUGCUAUCGGUCGGUCGACCCGUAAAGAUCAUCCUCACGCCGGAAAGAAUGAGCAUCGGCUUGCGUGCAUUUCUGGUCGUUGCUGAUAGUUUGCAGCAAAAAGAGGGCGAGCCACCCAUGCCAAGGACCAUGGGCGUCUUGCCCAGUGGAAAUACCAUGCGUGUCAAGAAGACUUAUCUAAACAAAAUGCUCACAGAGGACACGGCCAAAAGUAUCGGUAUGUCAUCCUAUUUCCCGCACGUCCGUCGCGUCUUCGUCGACAUCUUACGCGCCCUCGACGUGCACUACGGGCGGCCUCUGAUGAUGACGAGCACCCAAAACGUGAACAAAGAGCCAGACGAGAUGAUAACCGGCGAGCGCAAGCCUCGCAUUGAUCUGUUCCGCACGUGCGUAGCCGCCGUGCCUCGUCUCAUCCCCGACGGUAUGACCGGUGCCGAGCUCGUCGACAUGCUCUCUCGACUCACCGUGCACAUGGACGAGGAACUUCGGGGCUUGGCUUACCAGAGUCUCCAAACGCUCGUGCUCGACUUUCCCGACUGGCGGCAGGACGUAGUGUUUGGCUUCACGCAGUUUCUCUCCAGGGAUGUUCAGGACACGUUUCCCCAGUUAUUGGACAACGGACUGCGCAUGCUGCUGCAGCUGCUUACCUGUUGGAAGAACGCGCUGGCCAAUCCGAGCUCCAAGGCGAAAGAACAGCCGGCAGCGACCGAUGUUGCGAGAUUGAAUUCGCGCGUUGUUGAUGCCGGCGUGAAAAAGAGCGAGGCAGGACAGAAGGUCGAGCCGGUCUCGAGCAUCUUUCACUUGGUCGAAGGCUUUGCUCUCGUCAUGCUGUGCAAUUGCCGAUUGUACCCGCGACGGCUUGCCGUUCAUAUACUUCGAGAGAUCAAGAUUUUGCUGAAGAAUUAUGGUGAUCUAGAAGACGAUCAGCCUGUGAUUGAUGUGAUUGAUGCCUGCUGCCCGGCAGUUCUCGAAAAGUAUUAUCACAUGCUUCCACCCGCGGAGAAAGCAGCCGCCGCAUCGACGCCAAAUGUAGAUUUACAAUGGAUUGCCGAUCGCAGCAGUUGCGUUUGGACGGCUGGAUUCCACGACGAAAACAGCACAAAAAGUUCCUCAUUGUUAAAUUUAAGUGGAGCCGAUCCUUGGAGCAGUUGUUUGUUUGCAUUUUUAGAAAAGGACAGAGUUUUGACACUGUGUCCAAAUGCUGUCGCUCACUCGUGGCCUAUUGUUUUUAACCGAAUGAACUCGUUAUUCACCGUCGUAGAUCCUACUCCAGUAAAUGACAACAGAGCGUCCCUUUUACGAAGUUCUACGGCCAUUCGCAAACCCGUCAACGAGAGAGAUGUUUACAUGCACGUUUGGAAAAACUAUUUGACGUUUGGAUAUCGCGUUGUCCCACCCAUCCCAAGUCCGAUAAUUCGCUGUGCAAGCCCAGAUCUCAGCUUGAGUGGUCAGCAUACGGUGGAGUUUGGUGUGUUGUGCAUGAGUAAGGAGUUGAGUCAGAGCCUGGAGAACCUCGGCGGGGCCCAAACCCUGCCGGGCCGCUUCUCCGUACCGUCCAUAUCCGGCAUCUACACCAGGCAUAAGCGGACUAGCUCGUCGCCGGACAGCCUGUCAGCCGAGCGAGGUGACAACAAGUCCCCAGGUACGAACGCCAGUCCGUCCGCUCUUUACAAGCUGACGGUGCCAUUGCUCAGGUGCGAAACCAUCGAUGUGCGCGACGCCGCUGUACACGCCAUCGGCAAAGUCAACGCCGAUGCUCUCAAGGAUUUAAUGGAAGAACUGGUGCCCUACAUCCGAGAGGCAGUCGACCGCAAGCAAGAAAACAUGAGGCGACGCAGGCGUCGGGAUGCCCUUAGAUUACAGCUCGUUCGGGUACUCGAGCUCAUUGCCGAGUACGGCACCUUUGGCAUUUGCCCAGCUGUACUGGAUCGAGAGACGCAAUCCCUUCAUCCGACCUUCGUCGAGUACAUCGAUGGAGCUCGAGUGUACCUGGAAAACGAGAACGACAAAGAAGCCCCCGCCGUCAAGGAAAUUAAACUACACUUUUGUAAUUUCGUGCGAAAAAUGCUCAAGAGCUUUUCGCUUGAAGCCUGCCACGUGCUGUUGAAACGCGAUUUGCGGCGCAACCUGUUCACUCAAUUCGCGAGCUGGGCCGGACCUUACGGCAAGCCAUUGGCGAGCGGUCCCCUUGUCCCCGACGACGACAAGUGCUCGGACCUCCAGAUGUCGGCGCUGCAAGCCAUGAGUGGGCUGCUCUGCUGCGGGGCUUGCUUCAAUCCGCCGAGUCUCUCAGAAGAGGGAUCUAUACUCUAUCAGUGGGUGGACCUCCUACUGUCGAGUAAAGACGAAAAGAUUUACAAUCUUGCUCGCGACACUGUUGUUCUCCUGCUCGAGGGUAACCCCGAUAUCGGAGCACUCCUAGAUUGGGUGGUCGACCGCUGCUAUACCGGACUACCUCAAGUGGCUGACGGUUGCUUCCUAGCUCUGGCUACCAUCUUCAGCGCUCGGGAAUAUCCAUGCGACCAUUACACGAGCAUCAUAAACGUGACGCUGAUGAACACUGGCUGCCCCAGGGCUCCGGUCCAAGAGGCCGCGCUCCAGCUGCUCCAACUACUCGAGCAGCGCUUCUUCGGCAACGUGCGAAACUUGCCCGCACCUGACUCCGAGACCGGUCAAGAAGAGCCGGUAGCGUCAGUUGCCGUAUCAACAACGAGCAACACCACGAUGACUGCAGCUGCGAGUACUGGCAACGCAGUAGUAACCAUCGGGUCUGGUCAGACGUCGGGGCUUAUCCAAACUGGGACUACUCAGCGCGUCAACACUUUGGACGCUCUCCUCACCACUACCUGCUGUCGCAGUCAGAAGUUCCUGUCGCGCCAGUUGGCUCAACUCCACCCGGAGCUUACUAUGCCUAUGUUCAGUGAAAUAACCCACAGAUUUCAAACUGCUCGUCGUGAGGUUCGUCAGCUCUUGUUGCAGUACUUGCUCCCGUGGCUGCACAAUAUGGAACUCGUGGAUCCGAAUGUACCCCCACCAUCGAAUCCUCUCAAUUACUAUCAGUGUUACGGGAAUGACGUGACGCGAGGCAGUAGCAGCGGUGGCACGAGGCGCGAGGGCUGGGGUAGUGCCGAAGCUACAGAGAUGGUGCUCAACAAUCUCUUCUACAUAACGGCCAAGUUUUCAGACGAGCACCCAAAAGAGACCGAAGAACUAUGGGCGACUUUGUGCGGUUGUUGGCCCAACAAUCUCAAAGUUACCAUUCGCUACCUGAUAAUCGUCUCAGGCAUGGCACCUCAAGAACUUUUGCCCUACGCGAAGCGGGUGGUGCUGUACCUCGCCCGAGCCAGGCCCGACCGGCUCGUCGACGAGAUGAUGACGGAGCUGCAAACCGUGGAGACGCUCAAUUGCCUGAUCGAGCGUACCGAGACACCGCCGUUUUAUCGGCUGACGAGUAUGCGCAAGGCCUCGUCGCACAGCGACGCCCCCACAGCCGCCGAUCCAACUGCCCCGGGCAAGGAGCUCGGGCUCGUGGAGAAAGGCACGAUACACACCAAACGCCACUCGGGGGAGGAUCCCAUCAAAAGCGGGAAUUCAAAAUCGGAGACUACGUUGCGGGCUCUUGCCGGUUUCCCGUGUAGCAAGCGCAACGCAAAUGGUGCCCUGUUGUUCGACGACCUGUCGUUACCGCUGACCGAGGCAGAGUUGACGUCUGAGGACGCUUAUUACAUACGCAACGUGCCCGUCGCCUUCAACAACGGCAAGCCAACCACAGUCCCGGGCGACAAGCUCGACGUGCCCCAGCCCCAUCCACUGCCGAUGCCCGAGUACGGCGGCUACUUUGCCCCCCUCACGGAGUACCUUCCCGACAGCUCCCAGCCGAUCAGUGGUUUUCACAGAUGCAACAUCGCCGUGAUGCUGCUGACGGACGUCGUGGUGGAUGGGAUCCAGUUGGACUGGUCGAUCCACGUGCCCCUGAUGCUGCACAUCGUCUUCCUCGGGCUCGAUCACUCACGGCCCCUCGUGCGCGACCAUUGCCGGCUGCUGCUCCUCAACAUGCUCGUCGUCCUCGGCGAUCACCGGGACCACUUGGGCGUCGCCCGGCUACUCCUGGCCACCAAAACCGACGCCCUGGGUCUCGGGCUGUCGACUCCGCCCUUACCCGUCAUCGAGCACAACUUUACCGAAGUCGACCCCGAAUUCGACAGCUACUUGUACGGCCCCCCACAACCUCCGUCUGCCACAGUGACGGCCCAACCCACAUCUGGAGCGCCGGUGGUCGUGUCAUCGCCACAGUCGCAGUCGCCGCCGCCGAGUACGCCGCCUUCGACGCCACCUCCGCCACCACCGCCACCACCACCACCGCCGCCGCCACUACCACCAACCGAGACGUCGUCAUCGCCGACCUGCUCCUCGUCCCACUCGUCCUCGGCAUCCAACAACGCCAGUCCCGCGCACUCCCCCAUCAACGUGGGCAACACCCCGCCCGCGACCAUACGACACGUAGCGGCGUCAAACCUUGCUGACGAGUCCAAGAACCCGACGGUCGUGUACACCUACGACUCCACGUGCCAGCAAGGGAACUGGGCCACGAGCGAAAGACCGACCAGCAUAACAGGGCCUCAGGUCAUCGUGACCCCCGAAGAUGGAGCCAAUUGGAGCGGACCUCAGCCGGGACCAAACAUGCCAAUCCAAGACGUCAUCAAGUCGUUGAUAAAUUUCCUCGCCUCCAGAACAAACCAGCCGCUGUGGAACUACGAAGACAUGACGGCAAAGGUGUGGUGGGUGCGCAGCGCUGAGCAACUGACGAUACUCCUGCGACACGUGCUCAGGGUGUUCCGGGAAUCGCUGCCCCACGCGCUUGUAAGCCAACGCUGGGCCCAAACUGCCCUGCAGCUCGGCCUGUCGUGCUCGUCGCGCCACUACGCCGGCAGAUCCCUUCAGGUCUUCAGAGCACUCCGCGUCCCCAUCACCUCGCGCAUGCUGUCCGACAUACUUUCCAGGCUCGUGGAAACUGUGGCCGAACAAGGCGAGGACAUGCAGGGCUACGUGACGGAGUUGCUCCUAACGCUCGAGGCCGCGGUCGACUCGUUGGAGUCCGACUUCCGGCCGCUCGACUUCAUGAAGGAGAUCUUCAAGUCGACGCCCAACCUCAACAACAAGGACGCGGCUGCGAAACGCGGCGCGCCCGGCACCUCCGGUUAUCCCGGCAAUGGUCCCCAAAUGUUCUCCCAUCUCAAUCAGCAGGGCCACAUGAGGAGCACCAGCUACUCGGUCAGCUACUCCACGAGGAAGUCCGCUGCUGCGGCCAAUGCCGCUGUCAGCGAAGCCAAAGCAGAGCUGGAAGCUCGCGCGGGGAGCACCAAGUACGCAAACUCGAAUCUAUCGCGUUCACGGUCGGCCCAGUCUCUGAAGCUUCUCGGGGACUCGGCGACCCAGGACGACAAAAUGACGAUCCUCGCCCAAUUGUUUUGGCUCUCGGUCUCCCUGCUCGAGUCCGACUACGAGCACGAGUUUCUGCUGGCGCUGCGUCUCCUCGACCGCGUGCUACACAGGCUGCCCCUGGAUCGGCCCGAUGCGCGCGACAAGGUCGAGAAAAUCCAGCAACAGCUCAGGUGGACGUCAUUUCCCGGCGUGCAUGCGCUACUCCUCAAGGGCUGUACGAGUCCAAAUACGUACGAGCCGGUGGUGACGCUGCUGUCGCAGUUUACUCUGUUACUGGACUUACCGGUCGUCGAUCCAACCCAGAGCUUGGCUUUCCCGAUGAACGUCAUAUCUCUGCUGCCUUACAUGCUUUUGAAUUACGAAGACGCGAACGAGCUGUGCAUCAGGAGCGCCGAGAAUAUUGCUCAGGUGAGUGCGGAGAAGGGCAAGAAGUUGGAGAAUCUGGGCACAGUAAUGACGUUAUACAGCCGUCGCACCUUCAGCAAAGAAAGCUUCCAAUGGACAAAGUGCGUUGUCAAGUAUCUUUACGAUACUUAUGCACAUCUUAGUUACAACAUGCUAGCUUUCCUGGUCGAGGUGUUGGAAAAAGGUCCCGCGAACGUCGGCCUGCCCGUUCUCAGUAUCAUCCACUGUAUGCUACACUACGUCGACAUUUCGUCCCAAGCUGCUCAGCCAACGAACGUCGACCUCCUCCGCGUCAUUUCGAAAUAUGUCGAAGGCCCGCAGUGGAAGGAGGCCCUGAAAAUUCUAAAACUCGUGGUUACCAGGUCGUCGACACUGGUAGCACCGCCGACAACAGUUCACACAACGACGUGGGAAUCUUCAAUGUCCUCGCCACAUCCAAGUUUCAACGAUAACGAAAUCUUUACCAAGAAAGAACUACCUGGUAGAACAAUGGAUUUUACGUACGACUUAUCACAAACUUCAGUCAUUGGGAAACGUUGGCUUAUACGACAAAUCACUGAGGACAAAAUUCCAAACUCACCUCGUAGAUCCAUAUCACUUUCUCCAGCUGAUAAUGGCCCUAUUUCUGGCUGGAAAAGGCCAUGGAUGUCUCAGGGUCGAGUGCGAGAGUGUUUAGUGAAUUUACUGACAACGUGUGGUCAACGAGUGGGAUUACCAAAGAGUCCAUCUGUAAGUACCAUACAGGUGAUAUUUAGUCAGAGUUCUGAUCUGAUGGAGAGGCAAUCGUCAAUGGCCUCGUCAACGGAAGAAGUUUCCGGAGCGAACAAUGAUUUAAGUGGCGGCUCGCGGCGAGACGAAGAGCAGUUCGGCGUUUUCAAGGACUUUGACUUUUUGGAAUACGAAAGCGAAAGUGUUGAGGGUGAAAGCACGGACAAUUUCAAUUGGGGCGUUAGACGACGGCCUCUCAGUGAAGGCGAAGAACGUGAAACGAAUUUACGAACUUUCGAAGAGAGUCUCAGUGAAAAGACUGCAUCGUCCGGUAAACAGACGAUUCAGCGAGGAGUCGCCGAGGAAUCAUCAGAUGACGAAAUUGGCUCCGAGUCGCCAUUGGAUGAAGUACCAGGUGGUUCCGGUGCUGGCCAAGACGUCAACAGUAUUCCUGGUAUGCACCCACCGUCUUCGUUAUCUUUAAUACCGAGUCGCAGUCGACAUGACUCGUCAACAAGAUCUGACACCUCUGGUUCGAGUACUGGAGAUUUAGGUGAUGUUACACCGUGUAACGCAUCGCCAAAUCUAUCGGCACUUAUGCCUUUUAGACAAGUCGUUCGCGAUGAUACCGAAGAGAUUUGGAGACAGCAGCUGCAGAACUUGAUUACCGAAGCACUCUGCAGUCCUCUGGACGCUUUUCAGCUUCUCAGUAAAAUAUCAAGGGAUAUAUGUGGAAAAUCUGUAGGACUCACUCGCGACGCGGGUUCUCUAUUGAACAAUGGUAGCGCUGCAUCGGCGCAAUUGGCAUCGCAUCUAUUCAGCCACGCAGAGUUGUUGGGAUCAAAAAGCGAACCACCAAUCGUAUGGUUUACUCCGUCCGUUUUCAAUAACCAAAGACUUUAUGAAACCUUGAGAUUUGGACUACUAGAGAUUCAAGAACAUCUUGAAACCUAUUUGGACAAAAAGGACCACGCUUCAGAGUGCCUUGAAGCUGUGAGAGCUGCAGCAAAACUACAGUCACUCGGAGAACCACAUGCACAUCCGGAAAGCGGCCUCGAGGAGAUGCUGCUCGACCUUGGUCGAGCUCUCUACAAACUUCACUUCCAAUUACUCUUAGUGAUCGAAACUUCGAAUAAAAUGUUGUGUGCCUUAACUAGCGCUGCAAAAAAUCUUCAAGCCAGUUUGCAGGACAUCAGCAACAACGAGGGUGUCGUGGGAUGCAUUUUGACAGACAAAAGUGGAUUGUGUUUAGGAGCAAAGGGAACUGCAUCAAGUGAGAGUGCUGGAGUUAUUGCAGCAAUGGCAGAAUUGGUAAAUAAAUUAGAACCUGGAACCAAAUCGCCCAUAAUAUCUCUUCAAAGUGAAACCAGGCAGUGUAUCAUUCAACAGCAAAACACGGUGAUUGGAGCAGUUUUUAAAGAUUCUACAGCAUAAGCGCAAGGAGUUGUACGUUUUACUUGAUAAUCAUGCCUAUAACUCUAUUUUUUUUAUUUAUGAAGUGCAAAUUAUUGUAACGUUUCUUUGUUUGAAAUGCCACAACCUAGCUUCAUCAAAAAAAAAUUUAUGUAUUUACAAACGUUUUUGUAUACAAUGAUUACACAUUAUUUUUUUACAUUAAAUUUAUAAUUGUUAAUAAGUCAA